AUGUCAGAUCCCUGCCUGGGUGCCCCCGAUAUUCAGUCGCAGAGAUCAAGGCAGUUGCCCCCUCAUGAGGGGGUCUCUGCCGGGAGCCCUGUUCCUGAGGACACAGCGGAGGAAGGGGUCUCUGCCGGGAGCCCUGUUCCUGAGGACACAGAGGAGAAGGAGGUCUCUGACGGGAGCCCUGUUCCUGAGGACACAACUGAGGAGGAGGUCCCUGCCCUGGCUGUCCCCAGGGACCCAAGCCAGCAGCCCUCCGUGGCCACAUCUGUCACCAGCCAUUCCUCUACCCGCGGCGUGGAACCCAUGGCCUUUAACCGCCUCUGCCCACAGCCGUCAUGUGAGCCCCCCAGCGCGGGCGUGAAAAGAAAGUGCUCGGCACACGUCAGAGAGGCCGAGGGGAAGGGAGAAGAAAAGUCCCUUUACUACAUGAAGGUCCAGGCCGUGAACGGCGUCUUGGUGGCCUGGAAGACCGGGACCGGCUUUGAAGCCAUUAGCAAGCGGCCUCGCAUCUUUAAGGCCAAGUACAGCGGAGGAGAAAGCUUUGCCGGCUCGGACCUGAGCAGCUCCCACACCAAGGCCGAGCUGGGGGACGUGGACCAAGAGGCAGAGAGUGGCGCCAGGGGGCCGGCAGAGGAGGCGCCGCAGCAGCCGACAGGAGAGCCCCCUGAGUGGCUCCUCACCAUCGAGCAGGGUGUGCGGUGCCUGGCCUGCUGCCGAGUCUUUCCCAGCCUGGAGGUCCUCACCCAGCAUGUGAAGCAGGGGCUGCACGAAGGCUUCAGCUGCCGCGUCUACUACCGGGUGCUGGGGCAGAUGAGAGCGAGACAGAGGUCCCAGAAGAGAAGAGUCCUGGGCCCUUGGGGUAAGGAGCCUAAGCCAGGGGCCUUGGAGAUGGGCACAGCCAGGUGUUGCCCGGGAGCCGUGUCUCAGGCUGCUCCUGGUAACCAUGCCAGGGUGACAGAUGUGAGGGCUGGGGCAGAGUUGUGGGGCAGAGUGUCCAUCCCCCCAGGGCCAGGGCUGCAUGGGCACCGACAGGAUGUUCUCUAGGGCUCUGUCCAACCUAGUUUCCAGUGUGCCAAGCGAGGGGGCUGUGGCCCUUCCCUAGGGGCAGCGUGUCCGAUCCCUGCCUGGGUGCCCCCCUGAUAUUCGUACUCAGUGAGUCUCGAUCACCACACCACCCCUCUGCCCGCAGGGGGCCCCUUUGGGCCUGGGACACAGGGCUGGGAGUGGGUGGGGGACUCAUCGCAGGGGCCGAUGGCCGCAGGACCUGGGCUUUCAUUCUGCUUUCAGAGUCGCGGAGAUCAAGGAAGUCGCGCCCUCAUCAGGGGGUCUCUGCCGGGAGAUCUGUUCCUGAGGACACAGCAGAGGAGGGGGUCUCUGCCAGGAGCCCUGUUCCUGAGGACACAGCGGAGGAGGAGGUCUCUGCCGGGAGCCCUGUUCCUAAGGACAUAGCGGAGGAGGGGGUCUCUACCGGGAGCCCUGUUCCUGAGGACACAGCGGAG